AAUUUGCAGAUCUGUGUCAGUCAUAACUUCAAAGUCAGAGAGAAUCCAAUGUUCCACUACAUAACUGCAUUGGCUGAUAAGAAUACUGGUAACUAUGCGGAUGCAGUAAGGUCUCUGACUGCUGCUUUGAGUUUGGUAAAUAUUAGAUCCAAAGGAAAUCCCCUACCAGAAGUCAGUCUAGUAGAAAAGGCUUCAAUUUAUGUUGAAAUGAUUGAUACACUCAAUAUUGUUGGCCAGAAAGAUGAGGCGUUGAGGAUUUUAGAAGAUGCUACUGAAGAAUUACGAGGUACUCCUGAAGAAGCAAGAAUAUUACUGUUGAGCGCUGAGCAUUCUUUGGCCAGAAAAAAUGUACAGGGUGCCCUAGAUUUACUUAGCAAAAUAAAACCAACUGAUUCUUGUUAUACGGAUGCAAAAUCAAAGCAUGCAGAAAUAUUGUUGAAAUAUCGCAAAGAUAAAUAUGCUUUUUUACAAUGUUACAUGGAUUUUGUUAAUGAUAAUCCCUGCCCCGAAUCUUAUGUGAUGCUAGGUGAUGCAUACAUGAAAGUACUAGAACCUGAUGAAGCCCUUCAAUGCUUCGAAAAGGCUUUGAAAGAAAAUCCUAAAGACCCUUUUUUAACCUCAAAAAUGGGUAAAGCUCUUGUUCAGGCACAUUAUUUUUCUCGAGCUGUUAUAUUUUAUAAGGACACUAUAGAAAAUACAAAUGACAUUGAACUGAAGUUACAGCUCGCUGAACUUUAUAUGAAUUUGAGAGAAUAUGAGAAAGGUGAAUUGCUAUUAUUGAAUGAACUUGAUGAAGAAAGAGUUCAAGACCUUGAAGAUAUUACAUUCCUGAAAGAGAAAACAAGAUUGUUGAAUUUACUUUCCCAGAUUCAAGAAAAAUCUGGAAAUAUUAUGUAUGCCAUAAAAAGCUUGAAAGAAGCUAGAGAAUACCAAAGAAAAAUACAAAAAAGGAUAACUGUUGAUCAGAAUGUAACGCCAGAAAUUGAGAUACAAGCAGUAAUUGAUCUUUCAAUGAAAUUGGGUGAAAUGGCAGUGGCUUUGAAAAGUAAUGAACAAGCAAUAAAUUUCUAUAAGGACGGCCUUGACGUGUCACCUAAUAACACGAUUAUCUUAGUAUCCCUAGCAAAACUGUAUAUGCAAAUGAAUUAUCUUGAAUUGUGUCAGCAGACUUGCUCCACAAUUUUAAAAAUUGAUCCAUUCAAUGAAACAGCUUCGGUGAUGAUGGCUGAUAUAGCUUUUAGAAAAGUUGACUUUGAUAUGGCACUUUUUCACUUUACCCAAUUAGUUACUAAACAGCCAACUAACUGGGCGGCCCUUAUUCGCCUUAUAGAAAUUCUGAGAAGAACAGGUAAUAUCGAAGACUGUGGAGAGUAUCUUAGUAUUGCAGAAAAGAAAAGUGGAAAUCCUUUGAAAGAUACUAAGUACUUAUACUGUACAGCUUUGUAUCAGUGGUAUUCUGGCAAUCUUAAUGGAGCACUUAAAAAUUUUAACAGUUCACGACAAGAUCCAGAUUUUGGCCAAACAGCUAUUUACAAUAUGAUUGAAAUUUGUUUGAAUCCCGAUGAUGAAAUGUUUGCUGAACAAUUUAUGGAUAGUGACGACAUUGAAUACAAAGAUUCUAGAAGCAUGGCCUUGAAAACAGCCGAUCGCCUGUUACGCGAAUUGAAGCAGAAUGAAUACAGAUUCUUGAUAGUUCGUACUGGACCCUCCGGUUUUAUUUUCAUGUUUUCAGGUAUUGCUACGGGGUAUACUUUAUUGAAACAGGGCCAACGAGCUAAAAAUCAGCUGAAAAGAAUAGUAAAAUCAACUUGGACAUUUGAAGAUGCCGAAUAUUUGGAACGUUCUUGGUUACUUCUUGCUGAUUAUUAUGUACAAUCAGGAAAAUAUGAUAUCGCCACAGAACUUAUCAAUAAAGUGACUCAACAUAAUAAAGCAUGUACAAGAGCCUAUGAGUACCUCGGUUUUAUAUCAGAGAAAGAACAACAUUAUAAAGAAGCAGCCAAUAACUAUGGAAAUACAUGGAAACUUGGGGGGAAGUCUAACCCCUCGAUUGGUUUCAAAUUGGCAUAUUGUUUGAUGAAAUGCAAAAAAUAUCCUGAUGCGAUUGAUAUUGCUCAGGAAGUUUUAAGAUUGAGUCCAGAAUAUCCUAGGGUGAAGAAGGAUAUUUUGGAAAAAUGCAUGAAUAAUAUAAGACUCUAGAAUUUUGAUUAGAUAUAGAACAUUGAGACUUGAAAUGAAUAAUAGUUUUGUAAUAUUUAGUAAUUUAUUUUUUUUAGGUUACGAUAACUUCAUUUGUUCAUUAGGUUAUUAUACUUUUUAUUUGAUGACGAUAA